AUGCCCAUGGAGGUGCGUUUUUUGGACCUGGACUGCUAUGGCGUCGUGAGCCACGCGAUGUACCCCCAGUAUUUUCUGCACGCGCGCUGCAAGGCGUGGGAGGCCCUGGGGUACCCCCUGGAUGCGCUGCUGCAGACAGAGGGCCUCAUGAUGGCGACAGUCGAGCAGACCAUCAAGCACAUGGCGCCGCUGCGCGCCGAAGACCGCUUUUACGUGCAGCACACCUGCGCCGAGGCCGGAAGCUCGAGGGUCGUAAUGCAAGACAGGAUUGUGCGCAUCCCAAGGUCCCUGCCAGCCGGCGGCAACAGCGCGCAUGCGCCCGUGGAUGCCACGCCGCGCGUUGUCGCGUCGGCGCGCGCGGUGCUGGGCGCGCUAUGCGCCAAGGAGCAGCGCCCCAUGCGGAUGCCGGCGGGGCUGAGGGCGGCGCUGCUGGACAACAAGCGGGACUUUGAGGAGUGGGCCGCCGAGGCGGGCGGCGCGGCCGGCGUGCCGCUGCUGCUCGAUUCGGAGGCGUGA